GAAAAUUUGAAGUUUGAGACGUUUGAGUUAUUAAGUUUAAAAGUGGCGAUGUGAUAUGAAUGCAAAAGGCAGUUCUGGAUUUCUUACUUCCUCCUAAAAUGUAUUAAUUCAGUGACUGUUUUUUGGAUGUAAACAUAAAACUGCAGUUACAUAAAUCAAAUUUAAUAACAUGGAAAUAAAACAAGAAGUGGGUGAAAAAACUUUAAAAGUAGAAAUAGAUGACCAGUGUUUUGGUCCUUUGGAUGUCUUCAAAAUAGAAAUCAAGGAAGAACCCAAAAGAGAGACUGCAUACCAGGCAUUUGAUUAUUUAGACUCGAAUGAAUUCACUGUAAGCACUGAAGUAGAAGGAAGUGAAGAUAAAUUUAUACCAUUUAAAGAAAAUCAAACAACAAAUGAAGAAAGUUGUUCCCAGGAAGAGAACCAACCGAACAUUAUGGAAAUGUUACUUUCAUCUCACAAAGAAAAAUAUACAGGUCAACAUGGACAAAGACCUUACAAAUGUGAAAUUUGUUUCAAGCAGCUCACUACUAAAAGUCAUUUGAAAAGACAUUUGAGUAGACAUACUAGUGACAGACGUCGCCAGUGUGAAAUUUGUUUGAAGCAGUUUUCUCAAACAGGUCAUUUGAAAAGACAUUUGAGAACACACACUGGAGAAAGACCUCACCAGUGUGAAAUUUGUUUGAAGCAGUUUUAUCGAAAAUGUAUUUUGAAAAGACAUUUGAGAGUGCACACUGGAGAAAAGCCGUACAAGUGUGAAAUUUGUUUGAAACAGUUUUCUGAAGCAGGUAAUUUGAAAAAGCAUUUGAGAACGCACACUGGAGAGAAACCUCACCAGUGUGGAAUUUGUUUUAAACAGUUUAGUGAAGCAGGCAGUUUGAAAAUACAUUUGAGAGUGCACACUGGAGAAAAACUUGCAGUACACAAGUGUGAAACUUGUUCAAAACUGUUUAGUAAAGCAAGUAUAUUGAAAGUCCAUUCGAGAGUGCACACUGGAGAAAGACCGUACAAGUGUGAAAUUUGUUUGAAGCAGUUUAUUCGUAGAAGUCAUUUGAACCUACAUUUGAAAGUACACACUGGAGAAAAUGUGUACAAGUGUGAAAUUUGUUUUAAGCAAUUUACUCAAGCAUGUAAUUUGAAAAUACAUUUGAGAGUGCACACUGGAGAAAAACCUCACCACUGUGAAGUUUGUUUUAAACAGUUCAGUCAAGCAGGUAGUUUGAAAACGCAUUUGAGAACACACAGUGGCGAAACACCUCAUCAGUGUGAAAUUUGUUUUAAACAGUUUAGUCAAGCAGGUAGUUUGAAAACACAUUUGAGAGUGCACAGUGGAGAAAAUCCGUACAAGUGUGAAAUUUGUUUGAAACAGUUUUCUGAAGCAGGUAAUUUGAAAAAGCAUUUGAGAACACACACUGGAGAAAAACCUCACCAGUGUGAAAUUUGUUUUAAACAGUUUAGUGAAGCAGCCAGUUUGAAAAUACAUUUGAGAGUGCACACUGGAGAAAAACUUGCAGUACACAAGUGUGAAACUUGUUCAAAACUGUUUAGUAAAGCAAGUAUAUUGAAAGUCCAUUCGAGAGUGCACACUGGAGAAAGACCGUACAAGUGUGAAAUUUGUUUGAAGCAGUUUAUUCGUAGAAGUCAUUUGAACCUACAUUUGAAAGUACACACUGGAGAAAAUGUGUACAAGUGUGAAAUUUGUUUUAGGCCAUUUACUGAAGCAUGUAAUUUGAAAAUACAUUUGAGAGUGCACACUGGAGCAAAACCUCACCACUGUGAAGUUUGUUUUAAACAAUUUAGUGCAGCAGCUAGUUUGAAAAUACAUUUGAGAACACACACUGGAGAAAAGCCCUAAAAGUGUGAUAUCUGUUUGAAACAGUUUAGUCAAGCAGGUAGUUUGAAAAUAUAUUUUCGAGUGCACACUGGAAAAAAACUUAACAAAACAGUUUAGUGAAGCAAUUAGUUUGAAAACCCAUUUGGGAGAACACACUGGAAAAAACUACAAAUCUUGAACUUGUUUAAAACAGUUUAUUACUGCAAGUGUAACGGUAGCUCUGUUAAACAUCAGACUGUAAAACACAGGUUUUAUUUAAGUAAAAGUAUUAUUCUUAAUAAAUAAUUAACAAAAAUAAAA